ACAGCUUCCGCCGCAUCCGCAUCCCUUAUCAUCGUCGAAGUAAACUGUUGAACUGCGAGCUACAGCUUUUGAACUUCGUGAAACCAUCGUCAACGCUUCCGAACGCAAAGUUUCCAUUCCCCUUAAUGGGUUCAGUUGUAAGCUCGCUACAAAAAGCGCCACUGGUUGUCAACAUGGACAGCGCACAGGCCCAAUUUGUUAGAGAAACAAUUGCCAAUCACAAAGUAGUCAUAUUUAGUAAGUCCUAUUGUCCUUACUGCAGCAUGGCUAAGGAGCAAUUCAGAAAACUUAAAGUGGAAGCUACGGUCGUUGAGUUGGAUCAACGGUCGGAUGGCAAUGAAAUUCAAGCAGUUCUGGGCGAGAUGACCGGAGCUCGUACAGUACCUCGUUGCUUUAUCAAUGGAAAGUUUAUUGGCGGCGGUACUGACGUCAAGCGAAUGUAUGAAACCGGCGUGCUGCAGAAAUAUUUUCAGUGAAUGAUACUUAAACGAAUGCCCACUUUCAGACGUAUAAUAUGCGUGUAAUUUUUUCAAUUUUUGAUCAUUUAGCAUACAGUUCAUAUAAUUUUUAUGCAUAUACAUACAAAUACGAAACAAGUUGCUUAAAGUUAAAUUUAAGAAAGUAAAGAACGAUGGUAACACCUGUGAGCACAUUUAAA